GUAACUCUAUAUCGAUAUAAAUAUGUAUCGAUAGUUUGAUAUAUUAUCAACAACCCUACUGAAUACAUUUUUUUUCCGCAAAGUUUGUCAUUGUCCAGGUAGUCCAGGUAAUGCUUUGUCGAAAAAAUAACGAGCAGUAAAGAACCGCCGUGGUUCCAGUGCCUAACGCGACGCCGAAUGCUGCAGGAAUUGCUACGAAUAAAGGCGAAAGUUGCAUAACACGUCGCCUGGUCGUCGCGGUCGCAAUUUCCAGAAAACCACGCACGCACACAAACACACGCGCACGCGAGCGGAAAGUGAAGUGUGAAAAGCGUGGAAUUCUCCAACAACCAGCCGAUGUGAAGCCCCUGCAGCCCAGCAUUUAGCUACAGGACAACGAAUGUGCAUUCCGUGUGCGGCGUAGCCAAUGUGCUGUGAUCCCCCCAAAAAAUCCCGUCCGCACCCCGCAUCCAAAAUCCGCAUCCCACACACACACACACACAUACAAACACAACCACAACCACAACCGUCGCCGUCGCCGCUCACCAAUACAACCACAAUAGCAGUACGGCCCACAAAGAGCUCUCCGCUCCGUACGCUGCUUCCUCUUUGUACAGUUCCUACGACAAGCAAGCAGCAGUGAAGCAGCUGAAUCAGCAGCCUUCCGCGGAUUUUUGAGGCGCAGUAAACAAGAGGCUUGCAUGUGAACCAAAAAUCAGGAAAACCUAACCCACAACAGCCCAGCAGCCCACCCAACAGACGAGCCUCAUGGCCACGCCAAUGUCCGUUGCCUCGGCUCCCGGGUUGGGGGCGGGCGGCAACAGUGGCAGCAGCAGCAGUACUGGCAGCGGCAGCUCCUCAGGUGCUAGCACAUCAUCCGGUGCCUCCACCGCCGUCACCGCCUCGUCCGGUAGCAACAACAACAACAACAACCUGCCGUUCGAAAAGGAUAAAAUCUGGUACUUCAGUAACGAGCAGUUGGUGAACUCUCCAAGCAGAAGAUGCGGAAUUAAGAGCGACGAUGAACUGCAAUACCGCCAGAUGACCGCCUAUCUGAUCCAGGAGAUGGGACAACGACUGCAAGUGUCACAGCUGUGCAUCAAUACGGCGAUCGUGUAUAUGCAUCGGUUCUAUGCAUUUCACUCAUUCACCCAAUUCCAUCGGAACUCAAUGGCAUCCGCCAGCCUGUUUCUAGCUGCGAAGGUGGAGGAGCAACCCAGGAAGCUGGAGCAUGUGAUUCGGGCAGCCAACAAGUGCCUGCCGCCAUCAACCGAACAGAACUAUGCUGAUCUCGCCCAGGAGCUGGUAUUCAAUGAGAAUGUAUUGCUGCAGACGCUCGGAUUUGAUGUGGCCAUCGACCAUCCGCACACGCACGUGGUGCGCACCUGCCAGCUGGUCAAAGCAUGCAAGGAUCUGGCGCAGACCUCGUACUUCUUGGCCUCGAACAGCCUGCAUCUGACCUCGAUGUGCCUCCAGUACCGACCCACUGUGGUGGCCUGCUUUUGCAUUUAUUUGGCCUGCAAGUGGUCCCGCUGGGAGAUCCCCCAAUCGACCGAGGGCAAGCACUGGUUCUACUAUGUCGAUAAGAGCGUCUCCCUGGACCUCCUGAAGCAGCUAACGGACGAGUUCAUUGCCAUCUACGAGAAGAGUCCCGCCCGCCUCAAGUCCAAGCUAAACUCCAUUAAGGCCAUCGCCCAGGGUGCCAGCAAUCGUACUGCCGCCAACAAGGACAACAAGCCCAAGGAGGACUGGAAGAUGAGCGAGAUGAUCAAGGGAUACCAUUCGAACAUCACCCCACCGCCAGAGCUACUAAAUGGCAACGAUAACCGGGAACGGGAACGAGACCGGGAUCGGGACAGGGAGCGGGAGCGAGAGCGUGAGAGGGCGGAUCCGUCGCUGUUGCCGCCGCCGUCGAUGGUGCCGCAGCAACGGCGUCCGGAUGGCAGCCACCAGCGGUCGUCCGGUGUGAGCGGAGUGCCGGGUAGCGGCUCCUCCUCGUCAUCCUCCUCGUCGUCCUCCAAUCACAAGUUGCCAAACUAUCCGGGCGGCAUGCCGUCCGAGGCGCAUCCAGAUUACAAGUCCAAGCAGCCGGGCUACAGCAAUCGCAUGCCCUCCAGUCACCAGCGCAGCAGUAGCAGUAGUAUGGGCUCGUCGGGCAGUAGCGGCAGUGGCCAGCGAAGCAGUUCAUCCUCGUCGUCGGGCAGUCAGCCAGGACGUCCGUCGAUGCCAGUUGACUAUCACAAAUCGUCACGCGGCAUGCCGCCGGUGGGCGUGGGUAUUCCUCCACCCCAUGGCAGUCAUAAAAUGCCGCCAGGCUCCAAGCCACCAUUGCCGUCGCACCAACAACAGCCACCGCCAACACAUCCUUCCGCCUCGAGCUCGUCAGUGUCCUCCAAGGAUAAGUCGCAGAGCAGUAAGAUGUACCCAAAUGCUCCGCCCCCGUACAGUAGUAGUGCUCCCCCGAAUCCGUCAAUGUCGCGCGGUGGCUAUCCGGGUUCUAGUAACGGAUCCCAGCCAGCACCAUCGGCCGGCUAUGGCGGCCAUCGCAGCAAAUCCGGCUCCACCGUCCACGGCAUGCCGCCCUUUGAGCAGCAGAUGCCCUAUUCCCAGAGCCAAAGCUACGGCCACAUGCAGCAGCAGCAGCAGGCGCAGCAGUCACAGCUUCCGGCGCUUGAUGCGCCUGCCCCGCAGUCGGCACAAUCGCAGUCUAAGAUGUCGCUGUUUAGUCCCGAGUGGUCCGACAUGAAGAAGGAGCCGCUGGCCCAGCCGCCGCCCUUCAACGGACUGCUGCCGCCGCCGGUGCCGCAGGGCCAUGACUACAAGCUGAACAAUCAUCCCCGCGACAAGGAGAGCCCCAAGAAGGAGCGUCUCACGCCCACCAAGAAGGAUAAGCACCGUCCGACUGGCAUGCCCCUGGGAAGCAGCAGCAGCAGCAGCUCCAGCAGUAGUGGCAUCGGUAGCAGUAGUUCCUCCGCUUCUGGAUCGGCCAAGCCAAUGAUGCCGCCUCACAAGAAGCCCCUGCCACAUGGCAGCGACCUGCUGGGUAAUGCCGGUGGCGACGGUGGCAGCUUGAAGCGAGCCAACGACAUCUCCGGCAGCCAGUAUGGUCUGAACAAGCUGGACGACAUGGAUGGCAGUUUGCCGCGCGAGAAGCUGCGCAAGCUGGACAACAGCACUGGCCUGCCCACAUACCCGAGCUACGAGGAGAAACACCCGCCUUUGAACAUGUCCAAUGGGAUCGAGACCACACCGGAUCUGGUGCGCAGCCUGCUGAAGGAGAGCCUCUGUCCGUCGAAUGCCUCGCUCCUGAAACCAGACCCCCUGACCAUGCCGGGUCUGAAGCCACCGGCAGAGCUUCUAGAGCCCAUGCCAACGCUGAAAAAGGAACCGGGCAUUAUUACUCCGCUGAGCAGUGCCGUGCCAAUGGAACUGGAGCUGGGCACGACGAAACUGGCCGGUGACAUGAAGGACGAAACCGGCAGCACCAAGUCCGAGAAGAAGAAAAAGAAGGACAAGCACAAGCACAAGGAGAAGGAUAAGUCGAAGGACAAGUCUGAGAAGGAGGAGCGCAAGAAGCACAAGAAGGAUAAGCAGAAGGAGCGGAGCAGCAGUGCUGGCGGCAGUGGUGGCAGCAAGGAAGGUUCUCUGGCCAACGAACCCCUGAAGCUCACCAUCAAGAAUCCUAAUCCCAAUCCCAACGGAGGUCUGAAGCUGAAGAUCAAGGUGGAGUCCAGUAACUACUCGACGGCUACAGGUAUGCCUGGUGCCGCAGGCUUCGGAGCGCCAUCGGCUACGGCUACUACAUCGUCGUCUGCAGCCGGGGGAGUGGCUCCUCCCCAGGCUAUGGUUCCAGCCUACAAUGCCGCUGGUGGUGGCUAUAGCUCAUCCGGUGGCAGUAGCUCCGGCGGUAGCAGCAAGAAGAAGCACAGCGAUCGAGACCGCAGCGAAAAGGAGAGCAAGAAGAGCAAGUCGCAGAGUCAGGGACAGGAUUAUGCGAAAUACAAUGGAGUUGGCGGCGGAGGAGGUGGAGGAGGAUUCGCUCCCCUCGGUGGUGCUGGCGCCGCAGUGAGCAUGGGUGCUCCACUGGUCACCGCAGCCCCACCAGCUCUACUGAUGGCGCCGGCCAGCACUGCUGCUCCACCGGGCGGACUGGCCCCGCCCCCGUUGCCCGUUUACAGCAAGAAGUAACACGGUGGAGUGGAGUAGGACGGUUGGACCUUUUGAUAUGUGUAUAGAAUAUAGAUACCUAGAAGCUCUGUAAGUCGAUGGUAGGCUAGUUGUUAGGAUUGUUGGUGAGAUGCAUUAGUCGGCUAAGUUAUUGAUUCAUUUUAGUUAAGCGCAAAGCUACAGAUAUAAGAUACAGAUACAGAGAGAGACAGACCGGAAGGUGGCAGAGAAUGUGAAUGAUAAUCGCAAAUCGCAAAUGCAAAUGCGCAAAGCAAAAUGGCAACCGGAAACGGAAAUGCAAAACUCAAAAAGCGAAACAAUUUGUACAGCAUUAAUUAAUUUAUAAUUAUAAAACAUAAAACAUAAACUAUAAACAUUUAACAUGCAUACAAACAUACGUACAUAACAAGAAUACAUACAUCAAUACGAAAUAUUUGGCAAACAGAAUCAGAGAUCCUGGCAAGCAUCAAUCGCAGAUAGCAGAUAGCAGAUAGCAGCUAUGGCCGUGUAGCAUUUAAGUUAGCAAAUCAACUACCCAUGAAUGAUACACACACAUAUACACCCCCCCAUACACACAAACUAUGCUGUAUAUACACGAACACGACACACACAUUCACACACAGAUAAUAUAUAUAUAGGGAUAUAGAGAACCGACUUCCGCUUAGCAAAAUCCACUAUGAGAACGGCCCCCCCAUCUAAAGCAGCAUAAGGACUCUGAAUAAUCACAGGAUAAUCCACAGACUAAGCUGAAG